UCGUUCAUCGUCAGGUGUUUAUAGACGGUUUAGUCAUUUGGUGUUUUUUUUUUACAAAAAUCGAUAAUGUCGCUUAAACGGGUGCUCAUUGUAAACAAGACAUUUCCCAUUGCUGGAAUAGAGUUGUUAAAUAACAAAGUACAACACAAAAUUCUUCCUUAUUCCGACAACGAACCUGAAAGUCUGUCAGAGAUCAAAAAGAACAUAAAAGGCUUCGAUGGAAUUAUAUGGAACACUAAGCAUCAACUCACUAAGGAAAUAUUGGAAUUAUGUGGUCCCCAGUUAAAAGCAGUUACAACAAUGUCAUCUGGUAUCGAUCAAAUAGACGUGGAAGAACUGAAGAAACGAAGGUUACCCCUCGGCAAUGUUCCGCGUGUUCUCGACCAUGCCGUCGCAGACAUCACCGUGGGUUUGUUAGUGGCUGCAGCCAGGAGAUUUAAGGAGGGUGUUGAAGAACUUAUGACUGGUCAAUGGAAAUACGGUGUGCAAUGGAUGAUUGGUCAAGACAUUGCUGGCAGCACCGUUGGCAUUGUAGGCCUGGGUGGCGUGGGGCAGGCUGUGGUCAAAAGAUUGAAGGGUUUCGAAGUAGCCAAGUUCAUUUACAGCGGCAGAAAUGAUAAGCCUGAAGCAAAAUAUCUAGGAGCAGAGCGCGUACCAUUAGAUCAACUUCUUAAAGAAAGUGACUAUGUGAUUCUAAGUUGUCCCCUAACGAACGAAACUAAGAACAUGAUAAAUGCUGAUUCCUUGAAGAUUAUGAAGAAAAACGCUGUGCUGAUAAACAUCGCGAGAGGGGGACUAGUAGACCAAGAAGCAUUAUACAACGCAUUGAAGGAGCGCCAAAUAUUCGCAGCUGGCUUGGACGUUGUUACGCCUGAGCCAAUUCCGAAAGAACAUCCUCUUCUGACAUUGCCCAACUGUUACGUCGUACCGCACUUGGGAAGUGCAACAAUCGAGACGAGGAACAACAUGGCGAAGAUAUCAGCGCAGAAUAUCCUGGCUGGAGUAGAAGGCAAAACAAUGCCUUUCCCUGCGUUUUGAUGGGGUUUUUUUUAUACUAAUCAUAAUUUACUUUUUAUAUAAUUAUCAAAGAAGCUGUAGAAAAAAGGUUAUAAUUUACAAACAAUAGUACCUAUUAACGAAGUGCAAUAGAAGAUACUCGAAUUUAUCUCAUAUUGUAAGACCUAUACUUUUACG